AUGAUGAUUGCUCUCUACUCCUUUGUCUUGGCACUUGUUGCCACAUCCUCGGUCCAUGGAUUCGCACCCGUCGCCAACAAGGCACCAGUCUCCACCACCACCACCACAACAGAAUUGAACAUGAUCGGAGGACUGUUCCAGGGACUCUUUGGAAAGACAGAUGCGGAAAUCACCAAGACUGUCUACUUCGAUAUCGCCAUUGAUGGAGAUGCCGCGGGAAGAAUCGAGAUGGGAUUGUAUGGAUCUACUGUCCCAAAGACUGCUGAGAACUUUGAAAAGCUGUGCACUGGCGAAAAGGGAUUCGGAUACAAGGGAUCCUCCUUUCACCGUGUCAUUCCAGGCUUCAUGUGCCAAGGUGGUGAUUUCACCAAUGGAAAUGGUACGGGAGGAAAAUCCAUCUAUGGACGCACCUUCGACGACGAAAACUUUGAUAUUGCCCAUGGUGGACCAGGAACUCUUUCCAUGGCCAACGCUGGACCCAAUACUAACGGAAGUCAGUUCUUUGUUUGCACCGCUGCCACUCCUUGGUUGAAUGGCAAACACACAGUCUUUGGAAAGGUUACCAAUGGAAUGGAAGUCGUUCGCAAAAUUGAAGCUUACGGAACUGAUUUUGGAAAGCCUCGAGCAACCAUUACCAUUGCCGACUCGGGAGCUUUGUAA